AUUUACCAGAUUUGGCACCUGCUGGACCCAAUGAUGGACCCAGAAGCAACCACGGUUUAUUUGGAAUAUUUCUAUGUUACAAGCCAAAAUCCUGAUAUUGAAGAGACCCACUCCCACGUUCCUUAUACAUCAGUCUUCCUUCCAGUCUUUUACACAGUGGUGUUCCUGACUGGAGCGUUGGGGAACGUCAUUCUCAUGAGUGCAUUGCAUUUCAAAAGGGGCAGCCGAAGACUGAUUGACAUUUUUAUCAUCAACCUGGCUGCCUCUGACUUCAUCUUCAUCAUCACGUUGCCUCUCUGGGUGGAUAAAGAAGCAUCUUUAGGACAGUGGAGGACAGGCUCUUUCCUGUGCAAAGGCAGCUCCUACAUGAUCUCAGUCAACAUGCACUGCAAUGUCUUCUUGCUCACCUGCAUGAGUGUUGACCGCUACCUGGCCAUCAUGUGUCCAGCCGUAUCCAGGAAAUUCAGAAGUAGAGACUGCGCGUAUGGAGUCUGUGCCAGUGUCUGGUUUAUCUCCUGCCUCCUGGGGUUGCCUACUCUUCUGUCCAGGGAGCUCACCCUGAUUGAUGGUAAGCCAUACUGUGCAGAGAAGAGGGCCACUCCAACUAAACUGGCUUGGGGCCUGGUGGCCUUAAUUUGUACGUUUUUUGCCCCUUUGGUGAGCAUUGUGACCUGCUACUGUUGUAUCACAAGGAAGCUGUGUGUCCGUUACAAGCAGUCGGGAAAGCAUAACAAAAAGCUGAGGAAAUCCAUAAAGGUCAUCUUUAUCGUCGUGGCAGCCUUUGUCUUCUCCUGGCUGCCCUUUAAUACUUUUAAGCUCCUGGCUAUUGUCUCUGGGCUGCAGCAAGAACUCUACUUUCCUUCAGCUUUUCUCCAGUGGGGCAUGGAGGUGAGUGGGCCCUUGGCAUUUGCCAACGGCUGCAUCAGCCCUUUCAUUUACUAUAUCUUUGACAGCUACAUCCGCCGGGCCAUCGUGCGCUGCUUGUGCCCUUGCCUGAAGAACUAUGACUUCGGGAGCAGCACCGAGACCUCAGACCUCACUAAGGCUCUCUCCAACUUCAUUCAGGCAGAGGAUUUUGCCAGAAGGAGGAAGAGGUCUGUGUCACUCUGAAAGGGACAGUGACAUUUCAAGCUCUGUUGGCGGAUCGGAGGGUUCAUUUGU